AUCAUGAGCUGAAUCAUCCCCCUGAGUAUUCGGUACGGUGUCACUAGCACCCUGUAUAUGUUUCCAGUUAUCAUACUACGUACAUGCCUGGGAAACCCUGAGUAUGACCCAUGGCUCAGCUCGAGGAACGCUCGGAAGCGUGUCCUGAUAAUGGCACGCGCGAUCACGGAAGAGAGUCGUCACAGGGUCAACCGCAUGAAGCCAUUUCGGUUCAUGUACGAGGAGUCGCCGUAUUAUGAAGCUGGAUAUGUUUUCGGGGAGAUUAUGGAGAGAUAUCGAAAAAUGGUCGAGAUCAUAAAGAAAGUUCGUAACAUAGAAGACAUAUUCUUCCACACUCUGUACCACCUGGACACAGCUCAGAGCAUGUACUUUGAGAUAUUCCAUCUGGUGGGCAUGAUGCAUGAAAUACCCAGGAAGUGGGCAGACGACCCGCAGUUCGCCGACUUAAGAUUCUAUCACGACACUGGCACUAAGCCUGAAGAUACGGGAGAAACACCGGAGGAACAGUGGGAUAGAUGGAAAAACUUAUUAGAUAUAUAUAAAGAGAGGAAACGGCAAAGGAAACAGGAAAUGAAGAUGUGGAGGAAACAUCGGCAGCUGGAGGAGAUAUACAAACAGUACGAGACCAGUCUUUCGGAGAGGAAGCCCAAGAAUGACCGGUGGCCCAUGGACUACGGCUUCGAGAUGCCCACCGGCAAAAAUAAGUGGAAAGGAGCGUGGUGAUCUUCCA